GCUGUCGGGAAGGGAGGCCGGGCUAUAUAAGGCCUCGGCGGGGCGGGGCCGCUCGCUGGCCGACCGUCUCCGGCGUGUGACCUGCGCUGCCGAAGCGGCUCGUCGAGCGAGGCACGAUGGCGGAGGGGGAUAACCGCAGCACCAACCUGCUGGCUGCCGAAACUGCGAGUCUGGAAGAGCAGCUGCAAGGCUGGGGCGAAGUCAUGUUGAUGGCUGACAAGGUCCUCCGCUGGGAGAAAGCCUGGUUCCCGCCCGCUGUCCUGGCUGGGAUAUCUCUGGUGUUCCUGACUAUCUACUAUCUUGAUCCAUCUGUCCUGUCCGGAGUUUCCUGUUUUGUCAUGUUCCUGUGCUUGGCAGAUUACCUGGUUCCCAUUCUCGCACCUAGAAUUUUUGGCUCCAACAAGUGGACCACUGAACAGCAGCAGAGAUUCCAUGAGAUCUGCAGUAAUCUGGUGAAAACUCGGCGCAGAACCAUGGGCUGGUGGAAGCGCCUCUUUACACUGAAGGAAGAAAAGCCGAAAAUGUACUUCAUGACCAUGAUCGUCUCCCUUGCUGCAGUGGCUUGGGUGGGACAGCAGGUGCACAACCUUUUGCUCACCUACUUGAUCGUGACCUUCUUCCUGCUGCUUCCUGGACUGAACCAGCAUGGGAUUAUUUCCAAAUACAUUGGCAUGGCCAAGCGGGAGAUAAACAAGUUGCUCAAGCAAAAAGUGAAGAAAAAUGAAUAAUCAGUCAGCUCUGUUCAGCGAGAGAUCACGUGGCAUAUACGUUGUCCUGGGGAAGUUUCUGUUAUGCCAGCGGAGCACUAAUGUGUUCCCACCUCCUCCUUUUCUCCCUCCUACCCUUAGUUCAGUGAAGUCGAACCUAGAGUCCGGCUAUGUGCUGUGUCUUCCUGUCUAGUCUAGCUAGUCUCACACCCACAACUUAUCUGAUGUUGGCCUUGUUUUGAGGUUUCUAGCUUUGAGUUCAGUUU